AUGGCGCCUAAGCUUUCAAAGUCCGAGAAGAAGGUCGUUUACGACCAGAAACUCUGCCAAUUGCUUGAUGAGUACACGCAGGUUCUGGUGGCGGUGGCCGACAACGUGGGUUCGAACCAACUUCAGAGCAUUAGGAAGGGAUUGAGAGGUGACUCUGUGGUUCUUAUGGGUAAGAAUACCAUGAUGAAGAGGUCUAUUCGGAUGCACGCUGAAAAAACUGGAAACAACGCUAUCCUUAACCUAAUUCCUCUCCUUGUUGGCAAUGUUGGGCUGAUCUUCACCAAGGGUGACCUGAAGGAAGUCAGUGAGGAGGUUGCCAAGUACAAGGUUGGAGCACCUGCUCGUGUUGGUCUGGUGGCUCCUAUUGAUGUUGUUGUUCCACCUGGCAAUACUGGUCUCGAUCCAUCACAGACUUCCUUUUUCCAGGUCCUCAACAUCCCAACCAAGAUUAACAAGGGUACUGUUGAAAUUAUCACCCCUGUGGAGCUUAUCAAAAAGGGUGAGAAAGUGGGUUCUUCUGAGGCUGCCCUGCUUUCAAAACUUGGAAUUAGGCCCUUCUCUUAUGGUCUUGUUGUCAUCUCUGUUUAUGACAAUGGAUCUGUAUUCAGCCCUGAGGUGCUUGAUUUGACUGAAGAUGACCUCAUUGAGAAGUUUGCCAUGGGAGUUUCCAUGGUUACGUCAUUGUCACUAGCCAUUGCAUACCCGACCCUUGCAGCUGCACCACAUAUGUUCAUCAAUGCAUACAAGAAUGUUUUGGCUGUUGCUGUUGCAACUGAUUAUUCCUUCCCCCAAGCUGAUAAAGUCAAGGAGUAUCUUGCGGAUCCCAGCAAGUUUGCUGUUGCCGCUGCUGCUGCUGCGGCUGCCGACUCUGGAGCUGCUCCUGCUGCUGCUGCUAAGGAAGAGGAGAAGAAGGAUGAACCUGCUGAGGAGUCUGAUGAUGAUAUGGGUUUCAGCCUUUUCGAUUAAGUUAAAUUUUGGCUUUGAAUUGAAUGGUUUGAUCAUGAACUUGAUAGGUUGCUCUGUUUUCAAUUUCUAAAAUGUCGUACACUUUUAGACCAAAUUUUGAAGUCUUUUGUUAGAAGUAUGUUCUCCCUUUUGUUUAUCCUGAAUUGCCUUUCCUUUGGUAGCUAUGAAAACCAUACAGUUUACAUUUA